UAGUUAUCCACAUCUCAGUUGACUUUAUUGUACAUGAAAGUUAAUUGCAGAAUUUAUUUAUUAAUAACUUUGAACUCAUCACUUUUUAAAGAUUGUGAGAUAAAAUUGUGCAAAUAAACUUAACGGUUGAAUUUUUGUUUAUUAAGUUUCAUUAGAAAAUCUCGAAGAUUUAAAAUGGAAAUAAGCUCGAAAGAUGAGGAGCAAUCUGUCGUGGUAGUACAUAUAGAAGAAGGAAUUCAUUUCAAUUCAGCUCCAGCAAUCUACAUUCAAGCAACCUUAAGUGGAAACAAAUUAAAUGCCGAGCCAGUGAAACCCGGCCACACUACCCUAAUUGACUGUAAUUUGGUGUGGGAGACCGACAAAAAAUCUGUUAAGAGAAUGAAGUCAGACAAUUUGUCAAUCAAAAUAGAAUGCUUCGCUCUUAGUGAUUUAAAAACAAAGCCAAAUGAAACUAGAAAGGAGUUGAUUGGAUAUAUUCUUGUUCCAAUGAAAGUCAUUCCAGUUGUGCCAAUUGCAAAAGCGAUUCAAACUAAACCACGAUGGACUCGAGUCAUUGGGUUGUCGAAAGAAUGGAGACAAUUCAAACCUGAAUUACUUCUAAAUACAAUGAUUACUAGCAAGGAAUUUCUCACUUACAAUAAAAACGAAGCACUUGAAGCGCGUGGACUGGAAAUUAUUGAAUCAAUGGUGAUUGAAGAGAAUCCAACGCCUGGCAUGUUGACAUCUCAGAAAGGAAUUUUCAUUCGACUUCUUCAAGAAGAAGGACUCCUUCAAGUCGGUCACAUUGAUACCGAAUGCGACGUUUUCACAAUUAAAAUUCUUUUGAAACAUAUUCGUGAUCUUGAUCUGCUUCUCAAUGAAUCUCAGAGCGAACUAAGCAAUGAUUUGUUUAUUAAUUACGUGCUUCUUGGGAACCCACAUACUCGUGCACUUGAUAAAAAAUUCAAUCGUCAACACCAAAUUCAUGAGAAAGUUUCAAUCAACUUUCGUUCAUCGCUUGCUUUACUAAAAGAAUAUUUCGAUAAAGUUUUCUUCAUUCCAUUUGAUGUCGUUGCUGGUGAUAAAAUUCUUGGUAAGUCUGAGAUUAAGCUGAAUCAACUUAUCACGACAACAAGCUUGAGAGAGUUUUUUGAGAAAUAUCCGACUGUGUCUUGUGAAUUUGAUGGAACUUGUGUGAUCAAAAAUCAUAACGAAGAUUCAUCCAACCAUGCCAGUCCUGUUCUUGAUUACCAAGUUUCGAUUCAUUACAUCGCCACGAAAAAACUUCAUCAAACUGAACUACUGGAAAAUUUCAAACGCAGUCAAAGAAUUGAUUCGCAAGCUGGCGGUGACAAUGCAGUUCCUUCCCAUCGCGACGUUUUAACGAAUAUUAAAAGUUCUUCAAGACAAAAGGAAACUUUGAAUGAUUAUGAAGCAGUUAAAUCGGUUGGAGUUGGUCAAUCUGAAGUAAUAAAGAAACCUUCCACAAGUCAUUCAUCAAAUUCAGUUUUGAAUGCUCAGAAAAAAGAAAAAUCUUCAGAACUUCCUCGCAUUUACAGUUGCACUCUUCACAUAAGCACAAUUAAGUUUAACAGAAAGCCAUGCAAAGGAAUCUGGCAAGUGUUAUUCUUUCACGAUAAAGCUGACACCCAAAAAACUUUUGUUAAUAAAGAGAUCAAUGAAGCGUCUGAUUUAAGUGACAACACAUUUGACUUCGAUGAAGUUGAACUUAAACUUUUCUUUAAAUCAGAAGCCUCUAACAUUAUGGAACUCAUUAAGUCAUCUGAUAAUUGUUGCUUGACAAUUAAAGGACCCAAAGGAGCAUUUGGAAAAGCCCAUUUAGAUUGCACGAGCUUACUAAUUGGAAACAAAGAGAAUAAAAGUGGGAUGAUCAUUUUUCUCGAUUCCGUUGAAAAUGUUAUGGCGAUGGCGAAUAUUUAUGUAACGAUGAAUGACUUGGGAAUUAAUUUCAAUUCAAUUCCUAGACCCAUCACACCAAAUUCCACCAAAGAUGUUAUUGAAACACGUUAUUCUGACAUGAAUGUGACAAAAACCUUUGAAGAUCAAAAGAUGAGAAUGUUGGAUGAAGAUUUGACUUAUAAAUUGAUCGAUGAAUUGGAAGAAUGGAAAUCUAACCAUCAGAAACAAUUUAUGUUGGAUCUUAAACAAAAAGAAACUCAACUUCUUGAAGUUUUGAAAACUGAAUGGUUGACAAAGCAAACCAAACUUGAGCAAGAAAUUUUAGUGAAGGCUGAAGAAAUGAAAUCGUUAACAAAUGCUUUGAAAGACGCUCAAAAAGAUUUAAAAGACAAUAACUCGAGAAUGUCAAGAGAUGAUCAAGACCUUGAGACAUAUAAACGUGAAUUGGAAGCAACUUAUAAGAAUCAAUUAAUUAUCAUUCGUGAACGUGCUCGAGAGCUUGAAACUGAUUUGAUGCAUGAAUUGAAAUUGAAAGACAUUCAAUUAAAUGAUUUGAAUCAUUGUAAUCAACACUUGAAGACUGAAAACUGUGAACUCCGACAUAGACUAGAAUGCUUGCAAUCUGAAUUCGCUGAACUUAAAGCAAAUGUGAUGCCACCAGAACAAGUUGAGAAAUUAAUUCAAGAAAUUGAACAAUGGGCCAAGGCUGUUCGAGAAAGUCACAUUGUUAGACGACAACAAAUUCGAAAUGAAAAAGAAAAUCUUUUUGAUGCGAAAUUUGAAAGCUUAUACGGAAAUUUGGACGAUGACAAUUGUGAAUUAAAUAUCGAUAAACAUGAACUCGAACAAAUCAAACAAUGCUUAAAUGUCAGUGAUGAUGAAAUUUAAUUUAUUUUUCUAUAAAUAUUUUUUAUACAAGUUUCGAUUUAAAAACAUUUUCGAUAUUAUUUAUUAAAUUAAAAGAUUUUCUAUUGUUUUUAAAAGCAGAAUUUUUAUUUAUUUAGAUUCACUUUCUGCCUUUUUUUGUUACUGAUUUUUUUUAUUAAACAUCAUUAAGGUUUGUCUCACUCUUUUGUUAAAAGAUGAACAAUUGUCCCAAUGACUCUCUUUCCCCGAUCAUGAUUCCAUAAGUUCAAAAGCGGAUCUUUGAUCUUCUCUUCGAGAAUAUUCAUAAGUUCGGUUUUCAUCCACUUCAUGCCUUCAGCAGUCUUCAAUGAAUCUGCUUGAAUUAAAAGCCAACCUUCUUCAAGUAAGAACAGAAAAUCACUGUUGUGAAGCUCAAUUCUGACAUCAGUUCCUGAGAAUAAAAUCAAAGGAAUGAUGGGAACCAUCGUCGAGUCACGAAUGAAAAUCUUCGAAGUUUUCACUUUCUCUUGAUAAAUCAAAAAUGGUGAAGUGAAGUUUCCAACAUUUGAGUUGACACUUGAUGGAUGUAAACUCACAUAACCAUCUUGUUUUGUCUUGAAUCUUAAUUCACUUGCUUGAAAUGCUCGUGGAACUGCACCCGAAAAUGUGUUGACGUAAUUCUUCUCCGGUGUGAGAACCUUAAA